AUUGACGUGCUGUACCUGUGACGCAACACUGACGGAUCGUGUAAAUGGAUUAAGCUUCGGAAUUGAAUUGGCAUCGUAUAUGUGAAUGAAAACCAAAACAAAUAUUUUCCUCCCACGGCCCACCACUCUCAUUAAAAUGUGUGCUAUUUAGGAAGUUAUAACGUGACGAUACAGGUCGUAAAUGAGCGUUACAUACAGUCAAGUGGUGUGUGCUUACGGUGUGCCUUAUCGCGCCUUCGUUCGACUCCAGUAUUGAUUGCACAGCCUUCGGAUGAAGAACAUUCCGUAGCUUAUUCCUAGGAAAGGUUUUUAUUGACUGUUUCGUAGUGGGUGUAUUUUUGUAGUUACUUUUUCAUACCCUUCCUGUUGUGUCCGCCAGCAAUCGUAAUGUGCAACCGUCCAUUUACCGCACAGUUCCCGCGGAAGCCUGCAUUUGGUGACGAAGUGUUGAUACGAGGUAAACUCAAAAGUGAUGCAAGAAUGGUUUCAGUCAAUUUUUGCCUGCCACGACCUGCUCAGGUAUCCGACGAUCAAACGCCUCCGCAUAUCGCUUAUCACUUUAAGACGAUCUUUCACGACGACGGCAGUAGCGCCGUGAUUCACAAUUGGAAAAACACCGUCUGGCAAGCGGAAAGUGUUGAGGAAAACUACUGGAUGUACGAUCGAAAUGAGAAAUUUACGCUGAUCUUCCGGUUCCAUGAGGAAGUGUUCAAAGUGUUUGCGGAAGACACUCAGCACACGCCCGAUUACGAGUUUGUUCACCAGCUUCCGAUAGAAAGUAUCAAAUUAAUCGAAAUAUGGGACGACAUCGAGUAUGUGGAGGAGAUUGCGUUCAAGUACAAACGUGCCGGCGAAUAUUGAUCUCUGACAACGCCGGUUGAUGCUAAUCAUAGAACUUCUCUAAAUGUUAGCGGGUAAUGAGAGUAAAGACCUCGCACAAGGAAGAACAAACAGUAUCAGACGGAAUUAUCGAAUUAUAUGUUUGCUAGCACGGAAUCCAUUCUAAGGCAGGUGCUACAAACAGGGCAGCAACCAAACACGUUUUCUAGUCAUUUUUAAACAGUCAUGCAAAAUAACCAUAUGGGUGCCUUUUAUCAAAUAUUCAUCCACUUCUCAACCAAAGCAUUCGUUUACCUAUACACUCAGUAUUUCCGGGAAUAGGCAUAACUUAACGAUACAGUCAGUGUAGGCAGCUAAAUUGUAGAUCACAGCCAUAAAAUGCCUUUAACGACCGAGAGUCAUCCAAUUUUAACGCGUACUCGCACAAAGUGCUUUUAACAGUGGUAUUUGUACCAAUUGAAUGGAUAAACAUAUUUAUUAACAUUGUGAAUGAGUUUCAUAUCGAAUAAAAUACAAAACAGAAAAUUGAUAGCUCGCA